AUGUCGGGCUCGGCGCCGGAGGCGGGCGCGGGGGCGGGCGCGGCCCGGGAGCGGCGGCAGGAGCAGCUGCGGCAAUGGGCGCGGGCGGCGGGCUCCGGGGAGCCUGCGGGCGGUGGGGGCCGGGCCCGGGCCCGCACCGUACGCUUCGAGCGCGCCGCCGAGUUCCUGGCCGCGUGCGCCGGCGGGGACCUGGAGGAGGCGCGGGCCAUGGUGCGCGGGGGGCCCGGCCCGGGGCUGCUGGACAGCACCAACGCGGACGGCAUCAGCGCGCUACACCAGGCUUGCAUUGACGAGAACCUGGAGGUGGUCCGCUUCCUGGUGGAGGAGGGGGCCUCGGUCAACCAAGCCGACAACGAGGGCUGGACCCCCUUGCACGUGGCCGCCUCCUGUGGAUACCUGGACAUUGCCCAGUACCUGCUGGGCCACGGCGCCAACAUCGCCGCCGUGAACAGCGACGGGGACCUGCCCCUGGACCUGGCGGAGGCCGACGCCAUGGAGAGCCUGCUGAGGGCGGAGAUCGCCCGCCGAGGCGUGGACGUGGAGGCCGCCAAGCGGGCUGAGGAGGAGCUGCUGCUGCACGACACGCGGUGCUGGCUCAACGGGGGCGCCAUGCCCGAGGCCCGCCACCCCCGCACGGGCGCCUCGGCCCUGCACGUGGCCGCCGCCAAGGGCUACAUGGAGGUCAUGAGGCUGCUCCUGCAGGCCGGCUACGACCCCGAGCUGCGGGACGGGGACGGCUGGACGCCGCUGCACGCGGCCGCCCACUGGGGCGUCGAGGACGCCUGCCGCCUGCUGGCCGAGCACGGGGGCGGCAUGGACUCCUUAACCCACGCGGGGCAGCGUCCCUGUGACCUGGCCGACGAGGACGUGCUCAGCCUUCUGGAGGAGUUGGCCCAGAAGCAGGAAGAUCUUCGCAAUCAGAAGGAGGCCCUGGCCCAGGAGCGCGGGACAGAGGCCGGCCCAGAGCCGCCGCCGCCGCCCAGUGGCAAACACAGGAGGAGCUCCGUGUGCCGCCUGAGCAGCAGAGAAAAGAUCUCGCUCCAAGAUCUCUCCAAGGAGCGGCGGCCGGGGGGCUCCGGGGCCCCCCCACUGCGUGAUGAGGAGGAGGGUGAGGAGGAAGGCCCAGAACCCAGUGCCUUGAACGGAGUAUCUACCCCACAGACCCCGGACUCCCCCAGCCCCAAGACCAAGGAGCCCCGUCUGGCCCGUGUGACCCCCACGCUCUCCCAGAAGCUGAAUGAGCCCCCUGAAGCGAUUGUGGAGCCCCCGACGCCACUGCCGGUCCCCACCGAUUCCCGGGAGCGGCGGAGAUCCUACCAGAUGCCCGUGAGGGAUGAGGAGUCUGAGUCCCAGCGCAAGGCGCGCUCCCGGCUCAUGCGCCAGUCCCGGAGAUCCACCCAGGGGGUGACGCUGACCGACCUGAAGGAGGCGGAAAAGAGCGUGCGGGCCUCUGCACCAGACAAGGAGGAGAGGUGCCCCGAGAGCCUGGACCCUGCUCGGAGGCCCCGGGUCCCUGGGCUGGAGAACUCGGACUCCGCAGUCCAGAGAGCAGACGAACCUGAGGGCGAAGGGCGCAGCCAGCAGGCGGCUCCAGACCGCCGGAAAGGCCGGCGGGAGCAUCGGGGGCCGGCCGAGGGUGAGGAGGCGGAGCCCACGGACCCCCUGACCAGCGCCGAGAGCCCCGCCUCCAGCGUGGUGGACGGCUCCAAGGGACUCCAGCCUCAGGCGGAACCCGGGGACCGGCCCCCGGACAGCAGCAAUUUCCGCAAGCUGUACCUGAGCCUGCAGGGGGAGAACGAGAGGCUGAGGGAGACCCUGCAGGAGACCACCCUGGGGCUGUCACAGCUCAAGGUGGAGCUGGAGCGGGCCACGCAGAGACAAGAGCAGUACGCUGAGCGGCCGGCCAUGUUGGAGCUGGAGAGAUUUGAGCGGAGGGCCCUGGAGAGGAAGGCAGCCCAGCUGGAGGAAGAGCUGAAGGCCCUGUCCGACCUUCGGGCCGACAACCAGCGCUUGAAGGAUGAGAACGCAGCCCUGAUCCGGGUCAUCAGCAAACUCUCCAAGUGAUUCCCCCACCCCCGGGAGGUGGGGGGGCCGACUCUGCUCCCCCGUGCUCCCCUCACCCCUAUUUAUGCAGCUGCUUCUGCCACAAACCAUUCCUUUGUGUGAAACUUGGGGACCUGGAGGGGACCUCCGCAUCUCCUCCCCCCAAUCACUCCCCUGAAAAAGCCAUACCCCACCACUCCCCAGCCCCUCAGGGCCCUGGGGAUCCAGCUGCCUGGGCUGGAAGGAGCCUGGGGACCCUGGCGGGGAGCUGGAGGAGGGGAGCUGGGGCUGCUAAGGAUGGGACCAGCCCCUGGGAGGGGCGCAGCGCGGAGCGAAGGGAGCGGAAGGCCGGAGGAAGUGGAUGAAAGCGGCCGGGCCCUGAGCUGCCUGGAGGAGGCAGGGGCCCGGGGCGGCUGGAGGAGGAUGCAGACUUUGGGGAGCAAGGCGCCGAGAGAUCCCCAGCCACCCCUCCCCCUCCUCGUCCCUCCCCCCCCACGUGUGCUGCCACCCCCUCCUCCCCUCCCCCCUCCAGGGAGCAAAGAAUGUGCCAAUGGUCCCUGCCCCCUCGAGCCUCGGCCGGGGCUGCUGGGACGUGUAUAUAGGGGCGUGGGUUUUUUCUGGGGGCCCCACGCCCACUAAUGAUGUGCAAUAGGGGAAGGAGGCUUCUAUUUUUGUGGCCGGGGUUGCCACCCGCCGCCUGGGGUCGGGGUCGGGAUGGGGGUGGGGGGAGGGCACCCACGCUGAGAGAAAGUAUUUUCCUGAGACCUGCCGUGGCCACGGGGCACCGCGAUUAAAGGGUGUGACUUUGC